AUGAGUGAAUAUAAGUGGGAGGUUGGUACAUAUUUCGCUGAGAAGGCAGAAUUUGUGGAAGCCAUUAGAAUGUAUGCUUUGGAAAAUGGGAGAUGUCUGAAAAUUUUUAAAUGUGAUAAAAGAAGAAUUAGAGUAAAAUGUGUUGGUGCAAAUGGAAAAUAUGUGUGGUAUGCAUACUGUGGGUAUAUGAAAUCAGUGAACACGUGGCAAUUGAGGAAAAUCAUUGAUCAGCACACCUGCAGUAGAGAAUUUAAUAUUCGUUUAAUUAAUUCUAAAUGGCUAAGUAAGAGAUUGGAGAAGACAGUUAGAUCUAAUCCAAAUACCAAGACUGUGGACAUUCGAGAAAAGGUUAGCAGGAAAUAUAACAUAGGUAUUUCUAUGUGUAUGGCUUAUAGGGCAAAGGCAAUGGCCAUAAAGAAUGUUGAUGGGUCAUUUGUAGAACAAUACAAGAGGUUGUAUGAUUAUGCACAUGAACUUCUUAGAACUAAUCAUAUAUCAACAAUCAAACUAAAGGUCCAUGAGAAUGAAGGUCAACCUAUCUUCCAAAGGUUUUAUGCAUGUUUCAAAGCAUGCAAAGACAGUUUCAUGUCGUGCAGACCUAUAAUUGGACUAGAUGGAUGCUUUUUAAAAGGGAAUUAUGGAGGAGACUUAUUAACUGUUGUUGGAAGAGAUGGAAACGAUCAAAUGUUACGUAUUGCUUAUGCUGUCGUGGAGGUCAAAAAUAAGGAUUCUUGGACCUGGUUUUUGGAGCUCCUUAUUGAAGACAUCGGUGGAAUACAAUUAUGUACAGGAUGUACUUGGAUUUUAGACCAACAAAAGGUACAAUCAUAUGUUCAAUAA